GCACGAGAAAAACCUUUACUAAUGGCUGAAAUUGAUGCUGUUAAAGCUCUUCAUUUUUUCCUUUAACCCUGGCCUUGAAAACCUUAGGUAUCCUUAGAUGUCUAGCUAGGCACGAACUGACAAAGUCUCUAGUGAUUCUACAAAUCAAUCGAGCUAACCUAGGGAUUUAUUGACUACUAGGUAACUAAAUAGGUAUUAAUGAUGUCUUUCAGCUGUGUCACUCACAGUCAUACAACAUGAUUGUGGCGCUUCGAUCUACCAAUUGUCUCGUAAAAACCCCAUAACCCCCCGACAUCUUGCAUUGUUUGCAGCCAAGCAAAGCCCCCUCAUAUCUCUUUUUACGCAAAUGAGCCAAUUAGCUCCUUGCUCUCCUCUCAUAGGGCUGGGAGCUGAUCUUAGCUGAUCUCAAUCGAAGUUACGUAAGCUUACUAGGUAUUAAACCUGCUCUGGUGCCGACAAGGGGUGGUGUAGUCGUCUUUAUUUCCAUUCCCUCUUUCUUUUACAUACCUAGUACCUAUCUACCUACCCUACCUAGAUUUACAUUUAUCAAAACUUCCUAGUGACUUGAACUGCAACUAAAAAAAAAAUGGCUGGAUCACUAACCACCCGGUUCGCCCAGCUAAACCCGCUUUCUAAAUUGACGCGAGGUGUAUAUGACGAGGAUGUCGGCGAGGAAAUCGACGACUCCACUAUCGCGGGAGGCGGCCACGGCGCCCGGCAGACCAAGAUUACCAAGACUCAAAUACGAGUGAGCCAUGCACUAAAGUCAUUCCUCGUCAAAGAAAGCGUGUUUUCCGAAGAAGAAAUUGGCCUUGAUUCGGAGGAGCCAAGCCCUGCGCUACAAGCGCUACUUGAAAGGUCGCAUAUUGAGGUUCCCCCGCAAGUGACUGAUCGAUCGUAUCCCCUACCGGAGUAUUUCAUCAGCUCUAGCCACAACACCUAUCUGCUAGGCCACCAGCUCCACGGAAAAUCUUCCGCCACGGCAUACGAGACGGCAUUGAAUGCCGGGUCCCGCUGUGUGGAGAUUGACGCCUGGGACGACGAGGACAAUGAGGAUGAACCCAAGGUAACGCACGGAUAUACCUUAGUUUCCCACAUCCCCUUCCGCGCCGUCUGCGAGACGAUCCGCGACGUCGUCGACCGGGAAGCCGAGCAAGCCCAAAAUGCGCAGGGUUAUCGCGCGGCGCCCAUCCUGCUCUCCUUGGAGAACCACUGUGGCGUCCACGGUCAGGCGCGACUCGCCGAGAUCAUGAAGGAAGUUUGGGGCGACCGUCUACUUGACAAAGCCGUCCGAAUCAAGGGCCACCAGGAGCAAUCCGGCGAAGACGACAGCACCGAUCCGGUGACACUAGCCGAGCUCGGAUCCAAAAUCGUCGUCAUCGUCGAGUACCACCUCCCCGACGAAGUCGAAACCACCGACGGCGACAGCUCGGACCCAGAAGACCAAGAGGAGAAGCAAGCGCAGGCCGCCUACCGCGCUCGGAAAAAGGCCGUCGCCUCCGGUGCCAUCGUGCCGGAGCUCGCUUGCCUGGGCGUGUACGCGCAGUCGGUAAAGCCGAAGGACAACUCGUGGUACGAGAGCGUGCUCAAGGACGCGCCGCGCAACCACCUGAUCAACGUAUCGGAAACCGGCCUCGCCUCCCACAUGCCGUUGGCGAGCGAGAAGAUCGCGCGCCACAACGCGCGCCACCUGAUGCGCGUGUUCCCCAAGGGCACGCGCAUCUCGUCGAAGAACCUGAAGCAGGUGCCGUUCUGGGGCGUCGGCGCGCAGAUCUGCGCGAUGAACUGGCAGACCUUCAACGCGAGCAUGCAGAUCAACGAGGCGCUGUUCAGCGGCACCGACGGCUACGUGCUGAAGCCCGCGGCCCUCCGCGCCGGCGGGAGCAUGCGGCUGAGCUCCGGGCGGCGAAAACGCCUCUUAUUACACAUCGCGGGGGCGUCGGACCUGCCGCUCCCCGCGAGCCAGGACCGCGACGUGCAGGACCUCCGGCCGUACGUGACGUGCACGAUCAUCCACCCGGACGAGAUCGAGGCGGACCACCCGAAGCGCAAGACGCGGCCGUACAAGCACCACAAGCUGGGGUUCCUGCACCGCGGCGAGAACCCGCCGCCGACGGACCCGGUCUGGGACGAGGUGCUGGAGUGGGAGUACGACGACAACGAGCUGGUGUUUCUCCGCAUCUUGAUCAAAGAUGACAUCAGCUUCGCGGAGAACCCCGUCUACGCUGUCGCGGCGCUGCGGCUGCUGUACGCGGUUCGCGGGUGGAGCUUCAUUAGGAUGCUGGAUCUCAAGGGCCACGAGACGAAGUGCUCGUUGUUGGUUAAGAUCAAUAUUCUGGACGCGUAGGCGGAUGGUGGGCAUAGUGGGACUCUUGACCUUGAUAGGGUGUCACGGGAAAGAAGAUAAGUCUUGUAGAUAGCGGGAGUUGACGCUAGAAUGGAUGUAUAUGUUAGAUUCCGCGUGCAAAGAAUGGGCACAUAUAUGUAUUGAACUGAGCCUGUACCUAGGGUAUCUAGUAACGCCCAAAAUGACUUCCAAUGCUCC